CACGCAGUGUCUUGUCUUGUAUUGGCGAUUCAAAAACAACUGAGGAAGCAAAGAUACAAUCAAAUUGAUGGAUGCCCAAUCGAUAUGGAUCUGCUUUGUCUUGUCAGUUGGCUUUUCCAGACACAAAUUUCAGCGUAAGCACCUACGUCAUGCCAUCUUCUUCAAUUCAACCCUCAUCUUCAUUCCUUCCUUCCUUCUAGAGGAGACACACACACGCUCAUACAUCUUCUUCUACACUCUCUUACCUUUCAACUCACUUGAACUCCUUGCUCUACAAGUAACUCAACCACCUCUACAUAAAUUCAUAUUCACAUCCAUUCUUACGUCAUCAUCAUCAUCUUCUUCUUCUUCUUCCUUGAGUAAGACACAGAAACAGAGAAUUCGAAUCAGGUCCAGAAUGGGGCAGCAGCUACAUGUCGUUUUGUUUCCAUUAAUGGCUCAUGGCCACACUAUCCCAACACUGGAAAUGGCCAGCCUGUUUCUUUCCAGGGGUCUCAAAGCCACCAUCAUCUCAACUAAUCUCCUCGGCGAUUCCAUCGCCAUGGCACAGCAAUCCGACCUCCAUGUCGCAGUAAGAACACUCAAAUUCCCACCCAAUGGAUCCUCCCUGCCCGACAACAUUUCCAGCCUCGAUCAAAUCACAACCCCAGAUCUCUUCCCAAAAUUCCUCCACGCCGUCGAGUUGCUCCAAGAACCUCUCGAGGCACUCCUCCAGGAACUCAAACCCAACUUCCUCGUCUCCGACGCCUUCUUGCCAUGGACAGCCGAUUCCGCAGCCAAAUUCGGAAUUCCCCGAUUAGCCUUCCACGGCAUGAGCAGCUUCGCAUUGUGCCUCACAGAUCAAAUGCAUCUCCAUAAGCCUUACAUGAAUGUCGAAUCCGAAUCCGACACAUUCCUGGUGCCUAACCUGCCUCAUCACCACACAUUUACUCCGGCACAGGUGUCGCCCCACGUGCGGGCAGGGAAGGAUAGUAUAAUGGGAAGAUUGAUGGAUCAAGUUAUGGAAUCCAUUGACAGAAGCUAUGGAGUUGUCAUCAACAGCUUCUACGAGCUCGAAUCAGAUUACAUCGAACAUUACAGGAAUGUGUUGGGGAGAAGGGCAUGGCCUAUAGGCCCCCUUCUGUUAGCCAACAACAUUAACAGAUCAUCAAGAGCACAUAGAGGGAAACAAUCAUCCAUCGACGUGGACGAAUGCCUCGCCUGGCUCGACUCCAAGAACACCAAUUCCGUAGUCUACAUGUGCUUUGGCAGCACGGCGACUUUCAGUCCAGCACAACUACACGAAAAAGCAGUCGGCCUCGAGGCCUCAGGCCAAGAUUUCAUUUGGGUUGUAAGGAGAGGAAAAAACGAGGAAGACGAUGAAGAAUGGCUGCCCGAAGGAUUUGAAGAAAGGAUGAAAGGAAAGGGGCUGAUCAUAAGGGGGUGGGCACCCCAACUGAUGAUUCUUGAUCAUCCUGCAGUCGGGGCUUUUGUGACGCACUGUGGAUGGAAUUCGACGCUAGAAGGAAUCUGUGCUGGGGUUCCUAUGGUGACAUGGCCGGCCUUUGCCGAGCAGUUUUUCAAUGAAAAAUUGGUGACAGACAUCUUAAAAAUUGGAGUCUCAGUUGGGAAUAAGAUUUGGCAGAGGAAUGAUAGUGAAGGUGUGGCUAGCAGUGCAGUGACAAAGGCUGUGCAGGACAUCAUGGUUGGAGAAGGAUCUGCAGAAAGGAGACAAAGGGCAAAGCAUUACAAGGACAUGGCAAGAAAAGCUGUUGAACAAGGAGGAUCAUCCUACAACAAUCUGGAUGAUUUAAUACAAGAAUUGAGUGUCUAUCAGCCUCCCAAUCCCAAGAAAGAAUAGGAUGACAACAAGAAUGGAACAGCCCAAUCUUUCUAGCUCUACUAUUACUUUCAUGUCCUAAUUUCCCUCAUUUAGUAAUUUAUGAUUAUAUGGUUAAAUUUCCCUAUUAUUAUUCGUAUCUGCAAAGCACACUGUAAUGGAAUUUCAGGAUCCCAAAUUAGUUAUAUCAA